ACAACACCUGUUUUUACAUGUAGUUCUAUUUCUACGUUUUAGAUAUAGAGGACAAAAAUAAAAAGAAUAAUGAAGAUCUUAUUUGUGUGUUUCGUGUUUGGCCUAGGGAUUGCAGGUGUACUUGGUAGAAGAUGUGUUGUUUAUUCGGCGGGUGAAAUUAUUCCAGCAAUUCCAAAGGGUGCCCGGUAUGGAAGAACGUGCCAUUCUGUGCUUUUUGACCCCAAAAGGUACUGCAUUGAAUGGGAUUGUCCCCAAACUGACUGUUCUAAUCCAAUCAUACCAUAUAGUGGUUGUCCUUACUGCCAAGGUACAUGUGUAAGUGAUGGUAAUGUGUAUCAGUAUGGUGUGUCAUUCCCAUGUGACGGUGGAUGUAAUACAUGUACGUGUUUCAUGUCGACUAUGAGGGCAUGCUUCAAGAAUAAACCACCAGCAGAGUGCCUGUGAAUCAUUGCAAACAAUAUAA